AUUACUAUUGUUUUUAGACUCACUGUUUUGACUCUCUCCCCCAUGGUCUGAACCCAGAGAGACAGAGAGAGAGAGAGACAGGAAGGAGGGAAGCAGAACCCUAACGGGCCUACGGCGAGAUUUUCCGGUUCCGGAGACAGAAAAUCUUGGUGAAAUGGCUAUGUACAUUCGUGUGAAACGUAGUAAGACUACCUACUUUCUGCAAUGCGAACCAACCGAGACAAUUCUAGACAUUAAGCAGAAGUUGCAUGUCCUCAUUGAUCAACCAGUGAAUGAUCAGCGUUUGAUUCUAAUGGCAACUGGUGAAGUGUUAGAUGAUUCAAAAACAUUGGCAGAUCAGAAGGUUGAAAAUGAUGCUGUUGUUGCAUUGACCCUGAGAAGAGAUGACAAUGAAUUUGAGGACGUAGACAUUGUGAGGCCAGAUGAUUUCUACCAGUCCCGCGAUGCAGAUGCUGCGGCGAGUUGGUGAGGAGGACUCUGUGCGGGUACCAGCUCACCGGCAACAAAUAUCCGGGGCAAUGGACAUAGUUUUUGUUGCUUAGGAAUUGGAAACAUGAAAAGUUGAUUGCUCCAAUAAUAUCAUGAUUCAACAAAUAUCCUUAGUUACCAGUACAGAUAGAUAUAUACAUAUUUUUAUAUUAUCUUGUUUUUGGGUAGUCAGGAUCAGAAAUUGUUUUACUUUCCGGCACUGUUCGGGAGUGUCCAUCCUGUCAGCAGGAGAUUCUGUGUCCGAAUUUUCUUUGUUGUCCCAAAGCCCCUCUAUCCUACUAUCACCAUUAUGGUUGGGAGAUUUGGAAAUGGAAAGGGAAAUAAUGUGUGAAAUUAGGUAAAAUAUAAAAAUUUUAUGUGCACUUAAAUA